CCGCUACUUCCCUGCUUGUUAGAUCCCCCUCUCUUCCUCUGCCUGUUUCUCUGUCUCUACCCAGGAAUUUCAAUUCCUCCGAAAUGGGCUUCUUCAAAUUCGCAAAAAAUCUUAAUAUUGUGUACAGAAAUUACAUUUCAAGGUCAUCAUUAUCUUAUUAUUCAUCCAUAAAUUCCCAUAAUUAUAGGUCUGGUUAUAUAAAAUUCCCAAUUAACAAUCCCCUUUUACAACAACGGCCACAAUCAACUUCUGAUAGGAACCCUAAUUUUAAUAAGAUUAGUAGAAGAUGGCAUAUGGGUCAUCAUCAUCAACAUGGGGGUAGUGGUGGUGGUGGUGAUGAUAAGAAUUCAAGUAAAGAAGGUGAAAAAGUUUUUAAAUUAGGUUUAGCUGCUGAUAUUUCACUUGCUACUGGGAAAGCACUUACUGGUUAUUUGUCUGGUAGUACUGCUAUCAUUGCCGAUGCUGCUCAUUCUAUCUCUGAUGUUGUUCUUAGUAGCAUAGCUUUGGUGUCAUAUCGACUUGGAAAGGCUCCUAAAGACAAAGAACAUCCAUAUGGUCAUGGGAAGUUUGAGACUCUAGGAGCUCUUGGAAUUUCUUGUAUGCUUUUUGCAACUGCUGGUGGUAUUGCAUGGCAUGCUUUGGAUUUAUUAUUGGGAAUUCUGGCAUCAAAUGCAGAAAUAGUCGACCAUUCGUUGGGACAUGAGCAUAGCCAUGGUCAUGGCGGGCAUCACCAAGGAAUUGACAUGGAGCAUCCUAUCCUGGCUUUGAAUAUGACUAUUGUAUCCAUUGCGGUUAAAGAAGGGCUUUUCUGGAUUACGAAGCGAGCUGGGGAGAAGGAAGGGAGUGGACUUAUGAAGGCAAAUGCAUGGCAUCAUCGUGCAGACGCAAUUUCAUCAGUUGUUGCUUUGAUUGGGGUUGGGGGUUCUAUUCUUGGAAUGAAGUUUCUAGAUCCCCUUGCUGGGCUUCUUGUCUCAGGCAUGAUCCUAAAAGCUGGGGCCGAGUCUGGCUACCACAGUGUCAUGGAAUUAGUUGAUGCCGGGGUCCCUUUGUCUGAUUUAGAGCCUAUCAAACAAACAAUACUCCAAGUUGAAGGUGUCAUGGGAUGCCACCGUUUGAGGGGAAGAAAGGCUGGCUCGUCUAUGUAUCUUGAUGUACACAUUGAGGUAGAUCCUUUUUCAAGUGUUAGUGUUGCUCAUGACAUUGGUGAGAGUGUUCGUCACCAAAUUCAACAGGCCCAUUCCGAAGUAGCUGAAGUAUUCAUUCACAUAGAUCCUUCUUUUUCACAAUUUUCUGACAAACGAGCAAAUCCCAAGGAAAUGAAGUGCCAAAGUGUGAAUGUUUCUGCAGAGCAAAAAGAUAUUGAAGCUCUUGUUUUCAAUAUUUUCUCGUCAAAAUAUUUGGAGAAAAUGGCAGUUGAGCAUAUUACAUAUCAUUUACUGCAAGGCAAACUACUGCUCCAAAUCAUGGUUUCCACACCCUCCGAUAUAUUAAUCCAAGAUGCUAAGGAGGUGGCAAAGGAAGCUGAAAUGGAGAUCGUGAAGGCAGUGUCUAGUGUAAGCAGAGUGAGCAUUCAGUUGAGGCUUGGAAAGCCAAUCCCACAAUUUCAUCGCCAAUUGCAAGAAGGUCAAGAAGGUAGUACAAAACUACCAAACUUGACAGACAUUGAAGACGAAUAAAACCACUUUUUGCCACUCCAGGAUCCAUGGUUAUCCAGACUAGUUUUUUGAAAUCUAAUAUAUGUAUAGGAAAUUUGUGGUCGAAGAGAAACGUGUCAUAGUCCUAUUUCCUUGAACCCUUAUUCCUUGGUUGUAUUCUUGAUUAGGCAGCCCUUAUCAGUUGUAUGGGUGUAUGGAGUAAACUGUGUGAUUGGGUGUAUUUAAGGUGUCGGGUAAUUGGGUAGUUAUUAGCAUCUCGGUUAAUGACGCUUGUCCAUUUCCUAUCCACCAGAAUCAGGAUCUUCUCUAUUUAUUGUGUAAUAACCUGAUAAUGGUGUUCUUAAGAAAUGAAAUUAGCCUUUAUUAGUC